GUGUGUGAGACACCUGCUCUGCUAUGGCGUGCGUGAAGUCUUCAUCGCGGCACUCCUCUUCGUCGGUCAGCUGUGUGUCCCGCUGCAGCCGCUCAUUCCUCUCAGACACACACACACACACACCCCUCCACCUCACAAACUGCAGCCAACCAUCAGUACCUACAGGUGCAGGGCCGAUGCGUGGCCGUCCGGCUAGUAUGGGCGGGGUUAGGGCUGUGGACCACGCCUAUUUCCUGUCGGCUGACGUGAGUCAGUUUGAGGCGCCAGACGUCGUGGUUACGGCCAACGACCGCCACAUCACCAUACAUGCAGAGAAGGUGGUGGAGGAUGGUGGUGUGAGUGACUCAUUUACCCAUAAGUCUUUGCUGCCAGCUGACGUGGAUCUGCUGGGCGUGAGCUGCACUUUGACCCCUGAGGGCAUGCUGGUCAUCAGCAUCCCACGCCUGACCUCACCUCAUCCUCUGACCUUUGAACCUUCACCUCUCACCCUGAAACAGGAAGCACAGCCUCGUGACAGCUUCUGAGACACUGCCCUCUACUGUCUGUGUGUGAGUGUGUGUGUGUGUGUGUGUG